AUGGAGUGGAAGGUGCCGAAGGAGCCUGCGCAAAUUGCACUUUCGGUCCCGUGGCGGCUUGCAGGAGACCGCCUUCGAACCCCGGCCGCGGGCGCGGAGGGCGAGAAGGCGGAGCGGAAGCACCGGCACCGGCACCGGCACCGGCACCGCCGCGGAGACAAGGACAGGGACAAGGACGACGGCGACGGCGAGAGGGACGGAGACGGCGAGGGCGGCGAGAAGAAGAGACGCCACCGCCGACGGCAUAGGCGCGGAGGCUCCCGCGACAAGGACAAGGACAACGCUUCGAAGUCGAAGUCGAAGUCGAAGUCGAGGUCGAAGUCCAAGUCCAAGUCCAAGUCCAAGAGCAAGUCCAGAUCCAGGUCACCCGAUGGCAACCCGCCGCCGGAGAAGAGGAGGCGCGACCGCUCCCGAAAGCGCCGCGCGCGGUCCAAGAGCUCGUGACCGGCCCCCCCUGCGCUGCCUGGCGGAGCUCCGCUGCUGUAAUCCCUCUGCCCCCCCCGAUGCGCUCACCCCCCCCGUUCGCUAACUUCCCUUUCGUCCACCCCGCUGCUUGCUCGGGCACCGUGCCCCUAUUUAGUGGCCCGAUGAUAAUCAUCGUCAUCGUCGUCGGCCUCCUCCUUCUCCACCUUUCCCUGCUCGUCCUCAGGGGCCUUCGGGGCCCCCGUCAGCUUCGCAGAGUGGCGACUUCGCCCCGUCUGCUCGAGGCUGCUGGCGCCAGCAGGUGUUCAGACCCCAAUGCUGGGGCCGAGGCAGGCUUCAACCAACUCGUUGUGUUUUUCCCCUAGUGGGCCUCGCCCACCCACCAGAGCGCAUGUUGAAUAGCUUGGUGCCAUUGAUG